AUGCGUGUUUUCUUAGUUAUUGCUCAUGAUGAACCGCAUCAGCGCUCAUUUUGCCAUGCUGCUUAUAGAAAGGCAAUUGAGACACUUAAAUUAAACAAGCAUGAAGUUAUGACUCUCGAUCUCUAUGAAUCCGAUUUUACAAAAUUGCCAUCUUUAGAUGAUUUCAUCGAAGCAAAUCCACAGCUUACACUUAACGAACACGCAAAGAAAGGCUUAUACAAAGAAGAAAUUCUUCGUUGCCAAUGCUGCAUCGAAUGGUGCACACACCUUAUGCUUUUUACACCAAUGCACUGGCUUUCUCCAAGUGCUGCUCUUAUGGGCUGGUGGGAAAAGGUAUUUGGCGAAGGUUGGGCUUUCUCUGAUACUUCUAAAGGCCGUACUGGCUUCAUGACAGGAAAGAAAGCUAUGGUAUGUGUCACUCUUGGCAUGAACCAAAGCUUUUAUGGUAAAGAUUCAGUCCAUAUUACAGUCGAAGAACUUAUGUAUAAUCUUACAUUCCGCUGCUUCGCUCAAUGCGGUUUCACACCACUUCGUACACAAGCAUUCUUUGGAUUAUUAAAUGCGGACCCACAGACUAGAGUUGAUAUGCUUAACUCAUGGAGUGAGCAUGUUAUGAACCUUGAAAGCCGCGAAACUAUCGAAUUUGUCAUAUCUGAAGAAGAACGCAAACGCCAAGGUAUUGACUCUAAGAACAAUCACCAGAUUUUAGCAGAACUUGGUGAUUUACCACUUUUAAUUAAGAAGAAUCCAUAUGGAUUCUAA